AUCCGAGUACCAGUUAUUUAAAUACUUCUUGAGGAAGAGUCUCGUGCCGGGGAAUUUAAGAUUAUAUGUUAAAUAUAAAAAAAAUCCUAAACUGCAUAAAGCAUAAUACAAAAACCAAUACCUUAACCAAUACAAGAGAAUGAAGAGAACUAUUAUAUAUUAAAAAAAAUUGUUGAAAGUAACAAUCAUCCUAAAAUCUUGUGGAGCAUCAUAAAAAAUCUUUCAAAACCGGAAAAACCAAGAAAUGACAUUAAGAAACCAAGAACAGAUGAAAACAAACCAUGAGAAGCAGAAACUUUCAACAAUUAUUUCUCGGAAAUUGGUAGGGAAAAUAAAAACACCAAACGGACCACUCUCAAAAAGAAAACAACACAUAACAAGAUUUUUAUGAUAAAAAUUUUGCUGAAUAUCGUGAAAAUAUCAUUUAUUUUGACCUUUGACAUUGACGUAAUUUCUGGAAUUGUUGGACAUAUUACAGUUAGGUCUGGAGAUCUGGGUGGACAAAUAAACAAACCUCUAUGUCCUAUCCACCUAUCAGUGUGUGAUCUAAAAAAAUGCCAAACAUAUAUGAAAUAAUGUAUUAAGUAACCAACAUACUAAACACAAUGUAUACACCACUAUAACCAAGUUUGGCAGUUUACCUUCAGUCUCUGAAGACGAUAACUUGGUUAUCAAAACGCGCUUCAGACAGUGUAAUUGUGAGUGGUGGUGUAAACAGUGUGUUCACCACUUUGAACUUGAAUAACAUUUUUUCCAUACACGGAACGGACGGGAAACUUUCGAAUUUUUUUCCAAAUUAUAUAUUAAAAAAUUUUACUGUUUUUCAGCUUGGUGUAACUCGACUGUCUAAAUAGACCAGAUUGAGUCUAAAAACUAUAACUUAUUGAUUCGACUAAUAUAUGGAAUACUUGUAAGGGGUAGUGUGACCAAAAUUCAAUUAAAAAGACUAACUGUUCUACAGAAAUUAUUUGGAAAAAAGAACGUGUGUGUAUUAGAUAGAAUAACUUCUAGGUGGCAAAACUUCUACUAGACAAAAGCUGAAAGAAAGUUCACACCCUUUCAUAACUAAAUAUUAUAACUAGUGAAAAUUGGGAAAACUAAAAUCUUGAAAUUGUGGCGACCAUAAAUAUACAUUUCCUCAAACAAAUUUUCCCAAUAAAAUGAUAAUCCAUUACCAUCUGACUGACCGAAACUUGACCCAGGAAAUUCCAAGAAAAACCUGCUCAUUGUUCCAUACCCAGGUGAGACAGAGAAGCGAUCAGAUCUCGAGUUCCGAGAUCUCAGUAAAGCUGCGCCGUUUCCAGAGACUUAUCUAGCUCGACGUGGUUCCUAUCCUGCUAAUAUAUUAUAGCCCCUUUCUUUGUGAUGUAAGGCCAAAAACCGCCAUCGGUAGCAACUGAAGAGGAUCUCGACAUGGAUUCAUCCAGGAUAGGAUUAGACUUCAUCGUCGAGAAUCCGGAUUACAUUAGAAAAUUAGCAGCCGCGUUGGAUACUCAAAAUGUAACAGUUAAAAAGCAAGUAUUUGAACUUCUGUCUGCUCUAUGCGUUCACAACGAAGAGGGCCGGGCUAGAUCACUUGACACCCUAGAUCAAUUUAAGAAAUUGAAAGGCGAGAGAUAUAGACUGAGCGUGAUAGUCGACGAAUUAGACCGUGCAACUGCAGUGGACUAUCAAACUGCCCUGGUGGCAUUUAUCAACUGUUUGAUUAUUUCAACACCCAGGCUCAACGAUAGGACAAGGCUGCGAAAUGAAUUCAUAGGAUGUCAUCUACUUCCGGUGCUGAAUAAUCUCAGGAAAUGCGCCGAGGCCGAACCGGAAUUGGCCGUUCAAUUGGACGUUUUCGACGAACAACGAGAGAGCGAUGAUGCUCAAAAUCUCCAAGGUCCUCUUGGAGUUGAUCUCAAUUCACCCUUAGAUGUUUUUUAUGCAAUACUCAAACAGGUGGCCGAAACGCCUCAAGAAAUUCCUUUCCUCAGUAUACUCCAGCAUUUGUUACGGAUCGAUCCCAAAGAACCAAUCAGCGAUAUUAUUUGGGACACGGCUGAACGUCUGGUUCAUCGAGCCACGCUUUUGGAGAGUCGUGAAGACUCCACUAGACUGUUAAGAACUCCUAGUACUCAAUCGAAAUUAUUUUGUCACUGUCAGCAUCGAAUAGAUAGUCCCGGUAGAAAACAAUCGUUGAAUACACCACUUAGUCCGACGCCACCUCAGCCACCACCUACAAUAGGGUCAUCGCAAGCACCACCUCCCCCUCCACCGCCACUAAUACCUUCACCUCCUUGCAUACCUCCUCCAGCUCCGAUACCGCCACCUCCUCAACACAAAACCAAAAUUCCUGCCGCUUCACAAAUUGAAACCGAUACUGUGAUAGAAAAAUUACCCCAACAAGAAAUACCAGCUCCAAAAACCAAAAUGAAAACGAUAAAUUGGAAUAAAAUACCAAACAACAAAGUAGUAGGAAAAAAUAAUAUUUGGACGGAAGUGGCUUAUUCCCAUCAACAUUCGCCUUUGGCAGAUAUGGACUGGUCGGAAAUGGAAGGUCUAUUCUGUCAACAAGCACCUCCGUCGGCUCAUUCGUCUCCUAAAUUGGGACACAGAGAUUCAACAGAUAACUUGGAAAGACGAAUGAGAAAAGACAAUUCAGAGAUUACGCUUCUAGAUGGAAAAAGGAGCUUGAACGUGAAUAUCUUCUUAAAACAAUUCAGAAGUACCAAUGAAGAUAUAAUACAAUUAAUUCGAAACGGUGAACACGCUGAAAUAGGUACUGAAAAACUGAAGGGAUUACUUAAAGUUUUACCGGAAGUUGAUGAAUUAGAUAUGUUGAAAUCAUUCAACGGAGAUUUCAAUAAAUUAGGAAACGCGGAAAAAUUUCUGAUCCAACUCACUAAUCUACCUAACUAUAAAUUACGUAUAGAAAGUAUGUUAUUGAAAGAAGAAUUCGCUUCCAAUAUGGGAUAUUUAGAACCGAGUAUUAAUUCAAUGAUAAUAGCUGCGCAAGACUUAAUGACAAACAAACCUUUAAAAGAAGUUUUAUACAUGAUACUCAUUGCGGGAAAUUUUUUGAACGCGGGGGGAUACGCCGGGGAUGCAGCUGGAGUAAAAUUAUCUUCUUUACAAAAAAUUACAGACAUCAGAGCUAACAAACCAAAUAUGAAUCUCAUUCACUUUGUAGCAUUACAAGCCGAAAAAAGGAAUAAGCAUCUCGUUUCUUUUACUGACAAUAUUAAUGUAUUGGAAGAUGCAGCAAAAACGACUGUAGAACAGUUACACAACGAAAUUAAUGCCUUAGAUAUAAGGAUAAAGAAAAUAAGGAAACAGAUAGAAACUCCAACAACCGAACCCGAAAUCAAAGCACAAAUGACCGACUUUCUGCAGAUAGCAGAAAUAGAGGUAGCAGGUCUACAAAAAAAAUUGGGAAAAUUAGAACACGUGAGAAGGGAGUUAUCGGAGUUUUUUUGCGAAGACGUCAAUUCUUUCAAAUUGGAAGAAUGUUUUAGAAUAUUCCAUGGGUUCUAUUGUAAAUUCAAACAAGCGGUGGCUGAAAACGAAAGGCGUAGAAUACAGGAAGAACAAGCUAACGAAAGGAGGAGGCAGAGAGAGGAGCUGCUCGCAACAAAAAGAAGACAAAUGGGAACUCUAGUAGGUACCGACUCAGACUUCAGUAUAGACAUGCAAAUCUACGAUACUAGAUCUUCAUUCCGAAUAAAUAAAUGUCGAAAAAACGGUUCAGAAGACGAAAUUUCAGUAUCCGGUUCACCGUCUUUCUCUAGACGCCGUUUGGGAUCGUUUAAUGGUAACGGAAACGAAACUAUAGUUGGUGGAAAGGAAGAAAAAUCUCCAGAUAUUACGCCAAAUGGUAGCUUACGAAGGAGAAGAAGUAGAGUUUUAUCUGAGGACGAUGAAGGUAAUCUCAUGGAUUUCUUGAGAGCUUCCGGCGGUAACAAUAAUAGAGAAAGAAAAUCUUGGGGUAGUUUGGAUCGAUCAUGGGCUAGGAAAGCAAGAGGAAGUGGGCCCAGAAAAAGACCCGCGCUACUAUCGGCUGAUUUUUCAGUCGAUAGAGAACGACCAUCUUCACCCUCACCCCUAAGUGAACAGAAAACAAUAUUAUCUGCACCGGAAGAAGAAACUAAACCCAAAGAAUGGAGACAGAAAAUCGAAUCUUGGUUACAAGCUAAUGAAAGCGAUCAACUCACCGAUGAACAACGAAGAAUUAGAAGAACAACUAAUCGCAGAUCUCUAGAGAUGGAUUCAGAAAGUGAAAGGAGCAGUACACUAGAUACUCUUCCAGAAGGUAAACAAGUCUACAGUGGUGGUCAAUCUAACUACAGGAAAAUCAAUCCAGCUUGGCAACCGUCUAAUACAAUUGAUAAUACUGAUGUGGUUAGUGCCAUGGAAACAGUGGAAGAAGCCCAGUUUCAAAUAAAAGACAAAUCGGCGUGGCGGAAAUCUACGUUGAACGUGGCCAAUAGCACGGAAGCUACGAAAGACGACACUUUCACGAACCGUCAUACUUUAUCAAGAGACAAAUCGUUACAUUCCAUCGAUGAAGACAAAGCCCUAGAUCGGAAAAAUUUGAUAAGCUCCCUUGGAGAACGCAUGCCAUCCGACAGACUCACAUUAUACAUUAGAAAACCUCCCACGGAAUCCACUUUCAUUUCUCCGCCGGUUGUUCAAAGUCAUCCCAAUUCUCAGCUGCAGAGCUCAGACGGUUCGUCUGAUAACAGUAAAUUAGAAAUUGACCAAGACAAUAUUGAAACACCGCCGGCAACAAGGAGAAUUAUUGCGCCGACACCUGUUGAGAAAAGAGAACCCCUAAUGCCUGGUCCGUGUAGCAGAAAAACCGGUAGAAGUAAUAGUUCUUUGGUUUCUGUUGGUACUCCCGAUGAACCUGAAGAUAGAUUGGUGCUUGGUGACGGACAAUUUGAUAGAUACUCUGCGACGAGGCGAACGAGGCGAUAUAAACGUAAUCAAGAAAAUCCAGAAAUCAUCACUACUUCCCCGACAGAAAAUGUUGCUGCUGAAACACAAAUUAUCAAAUCACCCACUCAAAUUGAAAUAUCGCAACCGAUAGCAGUUGAACCGGAAUUAGACAAAGAAUCUAGAUUAAAGGUUUGGCAAGACAAAUUGAGGAACCAAAAUGAGCAAGAGACGAAAAAUGGUAGAAGAUGGAGAAACCAAACUGGUAUAAAACCCAGUGAUGUGGAGAUGGCUCUACAAUUGAAUAAUAGAAACUCAAACAUAUCAUACCUUGCGCCUGAAACGACAAAGGCGACAUCAAACAAAAUCGACAUUCCUAUUCGAAAAACCAAAGAACAUGAUAACGAUGAAGGUUUCGAAGAAACGCAGAGCCUUAUGUCGGAAUCACCAAGUCAAGGCGCAUCAUCUGGAGGUUGUAAUUAUGAUACGGAUGUAAUCGAUUCGACGACGCAGAUGGUGGUAACAGGUUAUUCAAACUCGAAGCCAAUCCGACAAAUAUCUGUAGAUAGUAAAACUGGUGAUUCUAGUACCAGUAGUGAAAUGACAUUACCAAAUUAUAGUAGACCGUCGGUGAGAACAUCUAGAUUACAAUCAUUGCCUAGCUCAAAGACGCCUAGGCCUCUUGUUAAUCAACGAAAAUCAAGCCAAGACAGUGCUCUAAAUAAAAAAAGUGUCAUUCCAAGAAGAUCAGACAGUAUAAAAACUGAUAUGAAACCAACAAAUUAUUCAUCUAAAGCAUCUGGUAUCCAAAAAUCCAGCUCCAGAAACUCAAUUGUUAGUUCAAGAAGUUCGUUGAACAGCGCUUCAUCAAUUAGCACUGUAAAAAAGUUACCUCUCAAACCAAAUACUAGUAGUAACGUUUCCCGUUCGGUACAAAGGACACAAAGUAUCAAGGCUGUACCAGCCCUACCAAAAACUAACCUCAAACGAACUAGUUCUAUUGGGAAUUCUGUCGGGAAUAAACCGCCAAGACCUCAAGCUAUGAGUUUCAUGAAACCGACGGCAUCAAGUGCUACUAAAAGUAUUAAUCAAGCUAUAACAUCAAGUCGAAUCAGCUCGUUUAGAUCUAAAGAUUGAUUAACAAUUCAUAGAGAUAAAUAUACAAGAAGAAGAAGAAUAAGUGGCCUUAGAAACGUAUUCUUAUAAAUGCUCAAAGUUUUAAAAGUUUAUAAAAAUUUAAUUAAUAAUGUAGACAACAAAUAAUAUUUUUUCAAAGUUUUCAGUAUUAGUUGUGCUGACAAAAUUUAAUCCAAUAAAUAUUUACGUCAAUAUAAUUUUCAGUGAUUCAAUCUGAUAGAAUGUUUAAUGCAGUUCAUUAUCUCCAAAACAUGCAAUCAAUCACAAGAAUAUGAAUGCAACAAGUGAUGAUAAAUAAGAAUAUUAAGUCCUGCUUAUACUACUUUUCUUGCUUCGAAGAUAAUUUCAUCUUUUUACUUUUUCCUAAGUAUUUUAUCAAAAGCUCGUCAUUAUCGGUGCUAGAAUCAUGAUAAUCUGUACUGCAACGCAAGAGUAGCUUCAGAGUCUUCUCUUGGUGGAUUUUUGAACAAUCGGUUUAUUCUACACUCCUCUGAAUUAACACAAAACUACUCAUCUUGCGAACAAUUUAAUUAAACUUUACUGCAAUGUUCACUUCUGUAAAAUAGCCCUAAAAAUUCGGCUUCAACGUGUCCUCUCAACUGUGCAAAAUGGAAGAAAAUCCUAAUAGAACCACUGGCUCCCUCUAUGAGUUAAUAGCGUAAAUAUUGAAACAAUCCUGCGAAUGGAAAAGGGUCCAUUGUUAUCUGUAGGUAUUCUUUCAAUUUCACUACUUUUGGAAAAAUUAUGAUGACUAAGAAACGUUGUAAUCACUUGUUGUUUCAUAAGGGAAAAAAUAAUAAAUAGUCUGUAGGGGUGAGACAGCUGCGUUUUAUAAAAAUUUAAAAUAAUCACUUUAAUAGAUAUACUAUUAUGAACUACAUUAACACGCUUUUUGAAUUCAAAUUAUUAUUUCAAGCUCAAUGGAAUUUAUUAUAAUACUUUGAAAUUAUAUAUCAAGACAAUCGUGCCAUUUUCCAAUGCGGAUUAUCACUAUUUGUGUAACAUUACAAAAAUGUAUACAUUUUAUUUACUAGUCAAAAAGUUUUCGUUGAUAAUCUAUAUUAGUUGAAUUAUGUAUUUAUGAAGAUCAUUUGAAUGUUCACAAAGAAAAACCUUCGCUCUAUAACACAUUUUAGAGUAUCCAUCAAACUAAAUAGUGAAUAAGACUAAUCAUAUAUAUAAAUAUUGAUUUCUGACUCUGAGCAAUUCUUGAUUUAACCGUAAGAUCUUCUGUUUGCAGAUUUAGGGAAUUAUACCAUCUAUUAACGUACUCAAUACAAAAUUGUAGUCUCUAAUCACUUAAUAGCCUUAUUUUUGAACAAUUUUGAUUCCUUAUUUAUUGUAAUACAAGAACUGUCGAUCUUUUAUAAUUUUUUUGUUUCAAUAUUUUUCCAGUUAUAAGUUUAUCCAGUAUUAAAAUGAAUAUGCACUAGCAAAAUUCCUCAUUUAUAUUUUUUAUGUAAGCAAAAUAACUAUAAAUUUAACCAGUUACUAAUUUUUAUUUACGAUUAUGUUUUGUUACCAAAUAUUUAACCUAAAUAAAAAUUUACCUCAG